AUGGUGUUCAUUGAUCUUGAAAAACCCUAUGACAGUGUGCCACGUAGACUGAUUUGGGAUAGUUUGGAGAGUAGAGGGGUUUCUGGGAAGUAUAUAGACUUAAUUAGGGAUAUGUAUGUUAGGACUGAGACUAGUGUCCGAGCGCCUAUAGGGGAUACUGAUUCUUUCCCGGUGGAGGUAAGACUUCACCAAGGGUCUGCUUUGAGCCCUUUUCUAUUUGCAGUUAUUCUAGAUGAGUUGACAAAGUUAAUUCAGGAGGAUCUUCCGUGGUGCCUGCUUUUCGCAGAUGAUAUUAUGUUAGUUGCUGAUAGUAAAAUGCGAGACAACGAUGAGGACAUUCAGAUCACCAUUGACGGUCAAGUGGUUCCGCAGGUGACUAAGUUCAAGUAUCUAGGAUCGUUUGUUCAAUGGGAUGGGGAGAUAGAUAGUGACGUUGCCCACCGCAUCCAGACCUGCUGUGUUAUACGAAACCGACUGUUGGGCCAUUGCCGGAUAAGAAAUGAUGUUUUUAGAGAGAGGUUAGAAGUAGCUAGUAUAUCAGAUAAGAUAAAGGAGGGAAGAUUGAGAUGGUUUGGGCAUGUGAAGAGGUGGCAGAUGAUAAAGCCAGUUAGAGUGGUUGAAACUCUCGAGGAGGUGGAGGGGAGGAAGAGUAGAGGCAGACCCAAAAUUACUUGGAAUGAGCGGAUUAGGCAGGAUUUGCAAAGAUUGCACCUCUCUGAGAACAUGGUCCAUGAUAGGAACUCGUGGAGACAUAGAUUAAGGUUAAGGAUUUAUAGGAGAGGUUUCGUUUUGUCGUAUUGUGUUAUAAUGACUGAAAAAGAAAAUGUUCAAAUUGAAAAGUUUAAUGGUAUUGAUAUUAGCUGUUAUUAG